GGGGCCGGCCGAAAGUAUAAAAUGCCGCAUCUUUGCUUUUGCAAGGCUCCGAGAGAAGUAGUGUUGGUAUUUAUCCAACGACAUAUAACAGAGAGAUAAGCAAAAUAUAUAUCGCCAUUUUGCAGACUUCUACAAACUACCUCGAUUAGGCAGGCUAGCAAAUAAACUGCACAGCUGAGAAGCCUAACCUUUAAUCUGCACCAAGUUAUCAACUCAAUAGCACGAUCUCAAGAUGACGUCGUCACCGUUCACAGUAAGAUGGGGAAUCAUGGCUACUGGAGGCAUAGCUGAGACCUUCGCCAAGGAUCUCCUCACAGACCCCGCCAUCCGCGAUGUCAGCGACGUGCGGCACGACGUGGUGGCCGCCGCGUCGUCCACCUCGGCUGACCGCGCCACCGCUUUCCUCAAGAAGAUCGAUGCGCCCAACAAGGACGCCAAGGCCUACGGCUCGUACGCCGAGCUGGUCGCAGACCCCAACGUCGACAUAGUCUACGUCGCCACGCCGCACAGCCACCACUUUCAAAACGCUAUGCUGGCCCUCGAGGCCGGCAAGCACGUGCUGUGCGAGAAGGCGCUGACCGUGACGGCCGCGCAGACCCGAAAGAUGAUCGAGACGGCCAAGGCCAAGAAGCUGUUCCUCAUGGAGGCCGUCUGGACUCGCUACUUCCCGCUUAGCAUCAAGAUCCGCGACCUGAUCAAGUCGGGCGCCAUCGGCAGUGUGCACCGCGUCAUGGCCGACUUUUCAUUCAACAACAGCGCCGCCGACGGCGGGCUGGACUUUGACAAUGGCAACCGCAUGGUCAACCCAGACCUCGCAGGCGGCGCGCUGCUGGACCUGGGCAUCUACUCGCUCACUUGGGUGUUCCAGACGCUGUACCACACCCAGGCGGCGGGCAACAAGGAGAAGCCCACCGUGACGGCCAACGUGAUGAGGUACGACGCCACGGGCACCGACGAGACCACAACGGUGCUGGUGGGGUUCCCCGAGCACAAGGCGGUCGGGGUGGCAAUGACGUCGCUGCGCGUGGCCUCGGACGUCGACGGUAAGUGGACCGCCGGCCCGACGAUCCGCAUCCAGGGCAGCGGCGGCGAGAUUGCCGUCUACGGCGUGGCCGCCAAGCCCUUCAAGUUCCACGUCCUCCGCAAGGGCCAGCAGGAACCCGAGGUGGUCGAGUGUCCGUUUCCCAAGGACGACAAGCGCGGCGGUUGGGGCCACGGCAUGUACUGGGAGGCGGACGAGGCGGCCCGGUGUCUGCGGGACGGCAAGCUCGAGAGCGAGGGCCUGCCCCACGAGGAGAGCAUCGCCAUCAUGGAGGUCAUGGAGGAGACGCUCAGGCAGGGUGGCGUCAAGUACCCAGAGCUGAUCACCUCUGAUGUCUACGACCCCAAGAGUCCGUUAAACACGGGAAAAGCGUGAUCCUUGGAAGGAGUGGGUUGAUUUGUAACAGAUGUGAAACGGGAGGCAGGAACCGGGGCUAGUAUCAGGCCCUUGAUUCUUUUCCAGGAUUGGGCUGGCUGGAUGGGAUGAACGAACAGAGUGAUCGAUUUGGCUGUGGAAACGAACGGCACCUGGGCACGGCAACUGUUGGUUCAUCCAGUCGCUUUCCGGACGGAGGUUGGGGAUCGAGCGAGAACUUGACGUUUGCGAGUCUGUAGUGGUCAUCCCAUUGUGGCCUGUUGAUAUAUGGUUAUGCUUCCGAGCCUGUCCGGUCGCUAAUUUAUCAAACUUUUCUUUUCUAUCCAACUUAGUUUGAAUCUCGCUUUUCGCCUUUAUCGGAUUGUCAGUAAAAUGCCGUCUCCGUCCAUAUGCGAUUUCUUAUUUUUCCUUGUUUUUAUCCCAAUCUAGGCAUCAGACAAACCUCGUCCAUUCCACCGCGUUUCAC